AUGGCCGACGCGGAAUCUCCGGCGCAGGUGACGGGAUGGCGGAUCGCCAAGGCAUGUCAAGAGUGCAGGAAACGGAAGAUUAAAUGCAACGGAGUCAAUCCCUGCAAAACCUGUCAAUUGCGCGGCACUCCAUGUGUCUAUCGUGAAGUCAUCCGCCAGCGCAAACGAAGGUACCCAUACCCAGAGAGGUCCAACACUGAUACUACUAGUACUAGGCUUGAGCUCAAUGGGGCCACCACGCGGGCCGACGAGAGCCAUCCUGCGGCGGCACAGCCGCUGUCUCUCGGGGCCACACACCCACCCCCCCGUCGGCGCAACCCCUCUGUCAGUCUACAUUUCAACAAUAGCGUGUCAGCCACCCACAUGACUUCACCCUCCUGCAAGGUCCAGCUGUACUAUGGCUCCACCUCGCAUUUUGCCCUCAUGCACGAGAUCUAUAGAGGCCUGGUGGCAAACAAUCAUUCGGCCGAGGCUGAUCGGCCCCCCGGGGAGGUCGAAGAAGCCGGAGCCGGCCUGGAUAUGUUCAGCUUCCGUCGCAUUUUCUUCGGCACCCCCAUCGACUCGCAGGAAGUCAACAACAAAUCACCCACGUGCGUGGAUUCCCACCUGCUUUUCUUGCCCUAUGAGCUAGCCAAAUGCUUCCUGGAACGUUUUUUGGCGACCCUGUACAAUCUGGCACCCGUGUGGCCCCAUGAAGAAUUCUAUCGUCAACUGGAACACCUCUAUGGCCAAGGGCCCGAUGCGCGUCCCGACAAAGGGAACCAGUCGAUUCUGCUUGUAGCCAUGGCAAUCGGUGCACUAGCUACCCAGCAUUAUACCUGGGGGGACGCGCUGUACGACCGCGUCAAGAUCUCCAUGCAUGCUUUCGACGAUGUCCACGCUCAUUAUCAAAGCGAACAGGGCAGACCCAAUUCGAGUUUCCUGCACAUGGGCACCGCCGUCCGCAAGGCCAUCUCUGCUGGCUUGCACAAAGAAGCCCCCAGCGAAAGCGGAGAGGCCGCCAAUCGCACCGAAGAACGACGGGUCACGUUUUGGUCCCUCUUUUUUUACGAAGUGUGGACGUGCUUUCAUCUCGGGAGACCAAGCUCGCUUUCGGUAAAGGACGUCAGUAUUGCUCUCCCCGAGGAUGCUUUCCUGCAGGUCCUCGUCAGCCUGGGCAAGAUCGUUGCUCGAUCCGCAUGCGAGAUGUAUGGCCGCCGUCAUGAGUCGUUACUUCAGAUGUGGAAAAUUGCACGCUCAAUAAUCGACGAACUGCGCGGAUUCGAUGGCUGGAUGAAACGGGCGCUGGGCUUUGGGCUGGACAAAAGUGCUCAACCUGGCAGCUUGGGAGUACGGCAGACAAUCUUAACCACGUUAUACUGUCACACUAUCCUUCUCACCUUUCGCCCAUUUCUGAUUUUCCGCGGCCGGUGGCAUCAGGAUAUGAAACGAUCAUCGCGCAUGGGAAGUGGGAAAAAAGCCAGUGACAUCCCUUCUUGGCUGAACGAAGCCUGCAAUCAAGCCCUCAGCGCUGCGUGCAGGACCAUUCAGCACCUCUGCGAAGCAUCGGCCGGUAAUGACCUUGUGAGAGAGCUGCGGUACCAUGGGUACUUCCUAGGCCACUCAUCUUUUGCGCUCAUGUACGACCUCAUGCACGGCGAGAAUCUUGCUCCUACCCAUCUCCCCUGGAUCCAUGCUGCCGUGCAAGACUUGUCCACGAUGCGACCUGGGGAUCCGAUCAAAAGCUCCAUCGACGCGAUCCAGACCGUCUUGAGGAAACUCCACCCCUCAUACGAAUGGGUCCCCCCGGAGCUGGCCACCAAAAAUCCGGUGUAUGAUUCUGCUCACACACCGCCAAUCCAACCCCCGCGUCAGGCCCCGCACGCCUCCAGCCACGGGCGAAACCGCAUGCCAAUGACUAUCCCCGGGGAUUCCUCGAUAUCAAGCGGCUUACCGAUGCUGUCUGUUCUCCAGGGGAACUCGCUACAGGAUGACAUGCGCCUUCCCAGCGGUAGUGUAGGAAGUGGAGAUGAUCUUCUAGACUUCACCCAGUCGGACAUGGGUUGGGAUUUUGAUUUCUCUACGAUGGAUCUAGAAGCCUUCUUCUCGAUCAAUGCAAAUAUAGACCCAAUGGCGUUCUGA